ACAUCUUCGAAGACACAAAACCAAUGCCAUGGUCAGUGUCAAAAUCACCACACUUAAAACUCGCAUGUUGGCUGUCUGGCUGGAUUGCGUUUGCCUUAAAAAAGUAAUUAGGUGUUUUAAAAGGGUCGGCGUUAGUUAGCAUUAUUAUUACCUAAAUAAACAACAAUCAAUAUUAGUAAAAAAAACUCACCUGAUAUCUAUCUGCAAAGGAAUCUUCUUCUACAAUGGUGCAGUUCAAAUAAUUCCUGUCCUUUUAUACUCAACGGCAAAUCUUCAUGAAAACAACCCCCUUUUUAAUAUUCCCCUCGUAGCUGCCUGUCGAAGUCGAGUUACUACGAAAUUGACAUAUUUCAAUUAUUCAAUGUUCAACAUACCUAAUCCUGUUAUCUCCGAGAAAGAAAUUAUUUUUAUCAUUUUCCAUAAAAUAACAACAACAACCGACGACGGUAAUCCCUCAUCCGAUGAAAAUAACUCUAAUUUACAUGGAUUGCAGGAAAUAUGCCGCUUAUAAAAACCUAAUUUACUCUCGCCCAUAGACAACAUUUAAAAAGUAAACUUGGCGCCUUUUUGCUUUUAUAAUUAAAUUAGAUAGUUUGAAUUUUGUACAUAAACUUGCAUAAGUAGAUUUAUAUUUAAUCUACUUUAUGUUUACUCAUUUGUUUUGUAAUCGGAUAGGAACAUUAGGAAAAUAGUUUAACUUGACACAAUGGGAGUUAGUACAACUGAAUUCGAAUCAUUUGAGCAACAGUUUCUGGAAUUAGUUGGGGAAUUUCAAUCCAUAACCACAUCAGAAGGUCGUCUCCGCGAGUCCCUCCGUUCAGAAUCCAGCCGCGCGGAGGCAGCGGAGGCGGCGCGCGCGGCGGCCGAGCGCUCCGCGGCGGAGGCCCGCGCUGCUGCCGCCGCCGCCGCCGCCGGCGCCACGCAGGCUACGGCCGCCCUCGCCAGGGCACAUGAUGAACUCACUGCUGUGAAGAUGCAGGCGGAGCUUGCUGUCCGCCAAAGGAGUCUCCUAGAAGAGCGUUGCUCGGAGCUAAGCACGCAACUAGCCGUGUGCGAGCGAGAGGUGCAACAGCUGCGGCCGCUGCAGGCGUCGCACGCCGCGCUGCAGCGGCAGUACCAGGAGUUGCAGGAACGCAUCCGCGCGGCUACUGAUGUUGCUAAGACUGAAGCCUCCCGCCUGGAGAGCGAGCUCCGUCGCGUGGAGCGCUGCGCGGGCGGCGGCGCGGAGGUGCGCGAGCGGGCACGUCUCGCCGCCUCGGCGCACGCGCGGGAGCGCCGGCUGGCGGCCGCCGAGCUGCAACAUACUACGAGGGAGCUGGCGGCUGCUAAUGCGGAAAUAGCUCGUCUAAACGUGCUCAUAACAGACCUGCAACGCAACUCCUCCACCGAUUACUCUACCACCGCGAAGACUAUAUCCAACACUGAUGCAGAAGCUUUAGCCGAGGCCCGGGCUGCCCUGGAAACGGAGCGGGCGGGGGCGGCGCGGCUGGAGCAGGCCCUGGCAGUGGCUCUCAAAGACAAUGCGGCUCUGGCAGUCAAGAUACAUGCUGAGGACGUGGCCCCGGCCUCGGGGCAGCCGCCCUCGCCUAAGGAUGACCGCAGUGUUAACAUAAGUGCCGUUGAUUCGUUUUUAGCUGAUUGAUAAGAUAGUUUAAGUGCAAUUAACUAGUAGUUAUUAAUUAAGUACUACUUACUUACCUAAGUAUAAAGUACUUUAUUUA